AUGGUUCAUAGGCGCACCACAAGUGCGUCGCAUGUCCAGGCUGGAUACGACACCGAUGUCGAUACUCGUAGAUAUGCGUCUUCUACGAGCGGAAUUGCAUACACUCGCGGUUCAGUCCUCCCGGGAAAUGGCUCCAUCGCAGACUCGGACGAGUUCAAGGAAGAAAGCUCCUGUGAUUUCAGCGAUUACGAGCUCGAAGGCCCUAGUCCCCACGGCACGUAUUACACCACGGCUAAUCAUCAACAUGAUUCUUCGCAACCCAGGUCUAUCGCUUCGAAUCAAGGGGGGUCCCAUACUCACGCCGAUGAAUCUGCAAGAAGAGGCUUCCAGUCCGGGAAUGAUCUUCCCAGAAGCUCUCCCUAUCAGCACCAAAGGAGCUCCUACUCUGGGAACUUCAGCCAGCCAGGUCGCUAUGCCACCAGCUACCAAAACCGUAGGACAUACUCUGCUUCACACGGUGGACGCAGUCUUCGCCAGACUUAUCCGUCAGACCACUACGACGAAGUAGGGAACUACAUCGGUCCGCCGGCAGUAGACGCCAAUCCGGGCGAUCUCGUCUCGUUCCCUCGCCUUCCCGACUCGGAUCCCUCUUCACUAGAAGGCGAGCAGGAGAACAUGGGGUCUCAACGACACAUUCCCAUAUCUGAAACCAGUAAACGGUCUUUCUCGGAGCAGCUCGUCAGCGGUGUGCGCAGCUUUUUGACUUCGGAAUCGAACGAAGAUCAAGUCCCCCCACAGCCACCUCGUACUGGGACCUACCUUUUCUGCCGGCACUAUCUCAUCGAAGAGUGUGCUUGUAUCACCGCUCUAGAAGAAGACGGAGUUGGGGACUACUGUCAAAAGUGUUGGGAAGGGCGUUGCAAUGGGCCAAGGCCACCACGAUCAGGGGUUAGAAGGUCACUGUGGUAA